AUUUUCGAGUGAAUCUUUUAUUUUGUUACCGAUUUUAACUAUAUUUCUCCCUUUAAUCGAUAACACAUACAUUUAAUGCACCAAUUUGAAUUGAUCGUAUCUUCAUCUUAUAUAAAACUAGGAACAUCAGCAUCACUUGGCUAAAUUGACUUUUAAAACAUAUAUCUUUACUAUUUUGUUACUUUUCAAAGAAGGAGUAUUAAUAUGGCAUCUAGGGAAUUAUUAGAAGCUGAAGAAUCUGGUGGCUUCUUAAAUAAGCUUAACUUUAAGUCGGAUAACAAUGAAAGCAAUCAACCUUUCAGUAAACCAAAUUAUCCUUUUGUGAUUAUAGUCCCCGAAGCUGGUUUUUGCGUAAAGAUGAAGAACGAAAAAGGAGACAAAGUUUUUGUUAACAUAUGCCAUUCUUCAAAAGUACCAUGUGCUCAAGAUAUGACUGAUAGUGAACUUGUAGAAUUACUGGAAUCUGACGAUCCACGUGGAUUUAAAAUACCAAUGAGUAUUGGAGAACCUCAUGCUGAAGUUGACAAAAGUGGUAAAGGGUGCACUGCUUAUGACGUUGUAAUACACCCUGACAUGAUAACAAGAAUACAAAAAAGUCAAAUGCUCAUGGUAUUCUUUCUGACUGUUACUCUUGAAGGAAUUGAAUAUAAAUAUUCUACUACUUUAGAUAAAAAUUGGGUCAUGUUGAAAAAUCGUAAAAGUGUAGGUACGCUACAAGAGCAACAUCUAAGGACGAAAUCAAGGCCAGUGGAAGAUAUAGGUGAUGAUGCAGUUCCUGGAAUAAGUCGAAUGGUAUCGGAGAUAAGUAAAGAUAGUGAAACACCAAUGAGGGAGUCAGUUAAAAAGCUUCCUGAACCACCAUAUACUAUUGUACAAGAGCCAGCCGAAGGUUAUCCUAAUUACUUAAUUGCGGAGAUUCGAUUACCAAAAGUUAAAACAGCGGCUACAUUAGAUUUGGAAAUCGGAGAAGAUAGAAUAGUAUUAAAUACAAGAUCGAAUGUAUACGGAUUAGAUAUAUUUUUACCCUACAAUUUAAUACAGGAAGAUUGCGGUGCUCAAUUUGACCGUGACACGAAGAUCCUUUCUCUAACGAUGCCUGUUCAACCGGAAGUUUCGAAAUAGAUCAACUACUUAUUUUGAGUGCUUACUGAAUGAAAAGUAAUCAGGACGCCCUGUAUUCUCUAAUAUAAAAUAAGUAAGAAAUAAAAGAAAGAGAAUGAGAGUUUUAAUCAGA